UUAUACACCUCCUUACACCCUUCUUCUUUACAAACAUGAAGUUAUUUCAAGCUUACCUGCAGUUACUCUUUUUCCUUUCACUAGCAGCAACAUCAACUGCAGUUUCAACCUACGCCAAGACAGGGUGCGACGAUACAUGCGGGGGCGUGAUGAUUCCAUACCCUUUUGGAAUCGGUUUGAAUUGUUCUGUCAACCCAUGGUACGUCGUUGAGUGCAAAUCCUCGACGCCCUAUCUAUCUGCACUCAACCACAUGGAAAUCUUGGGUGUUAGCUUAGAUAAUCAAACAGUCACUGUUAGCAUGCCAACGCUCUACUCUGGUUGCCAAAACUCUGUUCGGAAUAGCAGCAAGGCCACCAGCUUCGAUCUUGGUGGGAGCCCCUUCUUGUAUUCCAAAAUACGCAAUAAGAUUGUUUUUGAGGGGUGUGGUGUUGCUUCUAUGAUGUAUAAUGGGAGUGUGGUCACAGGGUGUUCAACGGCUUGUUUCAAUGUUACACAUAGCGAUAGAAACAACUGUUAUGGAUUCAGUUGUUGUGAAACCACAAUUCCUAAGUUUCUCAAGUCGUACAACAUUCAACUCACCAGCUUGGAAGGGCAAGGGGCGAAUGGCGGUUGUGGGUCUGCCUUCUUGGUGGAUGCAACUUCAUAUGAUCCAGUUUCUUUAAAGAAUACCUCUUUUACUCCCGUAUCACUUCUGUGGACUUUAACAGCCACUGAGCAAGUAACUUGUUGUGAAAAACAAAGCCCAGUUAAUAUUGCAGUGGAUAUGUUUAACGGUACUAUAGUGAAUUCACGAAAAUGCCGCAGUGGAAACAACCCUUAUUUAGUAGAUAACUGCAGAAGGGACCCUGAAAGACAAAAGUAUGCCAAGACAGGGUGCAAUCAUACAUGUGGGGAUGUGAGGAUUCCCUACCCUUUUGGAAUCGGUGCAAAUUGUUCUAUUAACGAAUGGUACAGAGUUGAUUGCAACUCCUCCACACCAUAUCUACCUGCACUCAAGAACCUGGAAGUCUUGAAAGUAUACACUGAAAAUCAAACAGUCAUUGUUCGUACACAGAGGAUAUCUUCUUGCCAAAAGCCAGUUCGGAAUAGCAGCCAGACAAUGAGCAUCGAUCUUGGCAGGAGCCCCUUUUACUUUUCCAACCAAAACAACAAAUUAGUGUUUGAGGGUUGUGGUACUGCUUCUUUGAUGGAGAAUGGGAGUGUGCUUGCAGCGUGUGCCACGGCUUGUGGCACUGUUAUACCUAAUGAUAGAAACAACUGUUUUGGAAUUGGUUGUUGUCAAAUUGCAAUCCCUAAUGUUGUCAAGUCCUACAGUAUUCACCUAACCGGCUUGGAAGAGGAAGAUGGGCAUUGUGGGUCUGCCUUCUUGAUGGAUGAAACUUCAUAUGGGGAAGGAUGGUUGCCUGUCAGGGAUACAAGUUCUAUUCGCAUAUCACUUAUGUGGACUCUGAGAGACUCUGAUCAAGUAAUUUGUUGUGAUGGCGAUGCCCCGGAAAGAAUGAUAGUGGAUAUGUCUAAUGGUACUUCAAUGGAUACUUGGCUAUGCAAUCGAUGGUCUUACGGAUCCCCUUAUUUAAUAGAUGGAUGUGCUUCACAAGUUACUAGUUAUGGUCCUGAUACGGAAGAGUGUAGAAAGUGCCGUAGUAGGGGUGGUUAUUGUAGUCCUGUCGACGACAUAUAUGACGCUGAUGGUUCACUUAUCCAUGCAAACUACACUUGUGUGGGAGAAAGAGAAAGAACUUCCCUAAGGGUAAUACUAGCUGUUAGCAUAAGUAUUGGCGUACUUUUUCUUGUUGGGAUGAGCUCUAUAUUGUUCAAAGUGGUCAAAAAAACAAAACAAAGGAGGCGAAGAAAGAGACUUUUUAAACGCAAUGGUGGCCUACUUCUAAAACAACAAGAAGAAGCUGAUCCGUCCUUAGUUGAUAAAACCAUACAUUUCACAUCACGUGAGUUGGAGAAGGCAACUGACAACUUCAACGAGAAUAGGAUUCUUGGCCGAGGAGGUCAAGGUACCGUCUACAAAGGGAUGCUAGUAGAUGGAAGGAUUGUGGCAGUCAAGAAAUCAAAAAUUGUUGAUGAAAGCCAGUUAGAGCAGUUCAUUAAUGAGGUUGUUGUUCUUUCACAAAUCAAUCACAGGAAUGUGGUCAAACUAUUGGGAUGUUGCUUAGAGACAGAGGUUCCUUUGCUCGUUUCUGAAUUCAUUCCAAAUGGUACUUUAUACGAUCGGCUUCACAAAAAGAGUGACGAGUUCCCACUCUCUCUAAAUAUGAGAUUACAAAUAGCUACAGAGGUUGCAGGAGCACUUGCUUACUUGCAUUCAGCAACUUCCAUUCCAAUAUACCAUAGAGACAUCAAAACCAAUAACAUACUUUUGGAUGACAAAUACAGAGCCAAAGUUUCUGAUUUUGGGACUUCACGUUUGGUCUCAGUAGAGCAAACACAUCUGACUACCUUAGUCAAAGGUACGUUCGGCUACCUUGAUCCUGAGUAUUUUCGAUCUAGCCAAUUCACUGAAAAGAGUGAUGUUUAUAGUUUUGGAGUUGUUUUGGUUGAAUUAUUAACCGGGGAAAAGCCGAUUUCCCAAACCCGAAUUGGUGAGAGGAAAAGUUUAGUUACACAUUUUAUGUUGGCUAUGGAAGAAGAACAUGUUAUGACUAUAUUUGAUGCAAUCGCUAUUAAAGAGGGUACUAGGGAGGAGCUGAUGAAUGCAGCUAAGUUAGCAAUGCGAUGCUUAAAUAUGAAGGGAAUGUAUAGACCAACAAUGAAAGAGGUAUCUCUAGAGUUAGAAACCAUACGAACAUCGCACAUGCCCUCUACAAUUGAAUCGAAUACUAGUCACAUGAUGUAUGGGGAGGACUUCUCAAUGAUAAGUUAUGGAGAAUCAUCAUCAACAUUCCCGAGUUUCAAUGACAGCAUUACUCAUUGAUACAAAAGGGUCGGUCAUUAUUUAUUUUAAAAUACAUUUAUGUUGUUAUAUAGUUUCAGUGCAUGUAAUUGAUUAACUUGUUGUAAAAAAGGGUUAUGUUUGGCAAGGCAAAGUACUUUUAUUUUUC